AUGGUACUGAUACAUGAAUUAUAUGAAAUAAAAUUUUCUUGUGACAAAAACUUUCAUUUUCAGAUGUUUUCACCUAUACAAAAACAAGCUGUGGCUCUCUAUCUAAAGAGUCUGGAAACCCAAAGAGAUGUUUUAACUCAUGCAUUGGGUACCAUUAAUGAAGCUAUUGAAGAAUGCAAAAUUUGCUUAACCAUCAAAGAUGUACAAACAAGAAAUUUUCUUGAAAUGAUGCAAUACUUAGAAGAAAUAAACAAAGAAAAUUUACAGAAAUACUCAGCGAUUUUAAUAGACAACAAUUACAUUGUUGAAAACCAAUAUGAAAUCAAUAAUUCAAGCAUUAAUGAGAGGAAUCUACCUAACCAACCACAACGUGAUGUUACUGCAGACAGUGAUAGAUUUGUAUCAAUAGAACAAUUCAAUUUACUCCAAAAAAAACUGGACAUGGCAACAGAUUUAAUUGAUUUGAAAUGUCAGGAGCUUAGGACUGAUGUCAACACUAUAAAAGGCAAGGUAGAAAACCUUGAAUCUCACAACAAUACAGUGAUGCAAUACAACAGCAAGGUUGAACAGACUGAGAAUAAUUUGCAAGCUUUAACUGAACAAAUAAACAAGCAAAAUAUAUUAACAACAAUGCUUUCCGAAAACAUGGAGCGGAAAGUAAAUUCAUUUAAUGAUUUAAUAGAUUCUUUUAAUGAUAAAAUGAAACAAAUGAAUAACGCAAUACAUGAUUUGAAUGAUUCUAGUAACGACAGCAAAAAACAAAUAGAAAUAUUAUGGAAUAAACUUAAAAACUCUCAUGUACAAUUAAAUGAUACUGAGUCAUCACUCAGAAAUUUAUCUGAAGAGCAAUUACGCAUUUCUUUAUAUUUCAAGACAUUUGAAGACAAAUAUAAGAAUCUAGAAGUGAAGUGUGGAACUAUUUGUCAGCUCUUAGCAAAAAAGUUCAAAAUCUUUGAGUCUUUAAAAGAAGUUUUGACCAAACCCUCAUUGACCAAAGGUGAUACGUUCAUUAAGUUGAACCCAAAUGCUAAUGCAUUAGCCUCAACGAUGCCAGAUUAUCCUGUAGCAGUUUGUGUCACUAUAAAAAAUAACCUAGCUAUUAGCCCAGGCGACAUUAUAAAAGCAUUUGAAAAUGUGAUAUGCAAUGUUGACGACCAUUUUGAUGUCAACAAAGGGGAGUUCACUGUGCCGACGAGUGGGAUUUACUUCAUUUCUUUAACUCUUUCAUUAGAGAAGCGAGUUUUUGAUAGUGUUCGUAUAGCUGUGAGCUGUGUAUCUGCCCAUAAUAAAUCAGCGGACGUAACGACUGAUGGUUCAGAAAUCGUUGAAGAUAACGCAAUAGCGUGUGUUGAUUGUUUUCAAUCAGAAUCAGCCGCUACUGACGUGUCUGUGAUUUACUUGGAAGCAGGCGAAAAACUUUUUUUGCAAGUUUUAAAGGCGCAUAAAUCUGUCCGGUUGUCAGAUUUCUCAAGUUUCACCUGUUAUAAAAUUUAA